GAUGCUCAACGGGAGCUCAUGACAAAUGGACCUAUCUCAGCGGGAAUGCUAGUUUAUAGUGACUUUUACAACUACAAGUCCGGUGUCUACCAGCACGUGACCGGUGAUGUAGACGGGGGACAUGCCGUCAAACUUAUGGGAUGGGGUGUGGAAAAUGGUGUCGACUACUGGCUGGUGGCUAACUCAUGGGGUACAGUGUUUGGAGAGCAAGGUUAUUUUAAAAUCAAACGCGGUACUAAUGAAUGUUUGUUCGAGAAUGGUGGUUUCGAAACCGUAACACCGAAAUUAUAA